GAUUUAUCUGACAAAGAUCAAGUUGUAAAUCAUGAUCAAUUGCUUAAAGAAAAUAAUCUUAAUCUUGAUCCUGAUGAUUGCAUAAGUGGAAGUUAUCAUGAAAAAGAGGUUGCAUCUGGUUCUCAUAUUUUAGCAGCUUGUUAUCCCUAUGUAGGGUGUCUUGCGUUUGUUACAAUUUUCCUUCGUAAUAAUGAAAUUUGUGGCAUUGCGGGAUACCUAAAACAUUCUGAGCAAUGUGUAAUUUCCCAACCGCAGCGUGAUUCACCAUAUAGACUCUUACCAUAUAUGAAAAAAAGCAUUGAAAACUUACUAGGUCUUAAU